AUGUCUGCCUCUUGUUCAGCGUUGAGACGGCUGACCCACAGGUCUCCCCGCACUUGGCCCUCCCGCAUCUCCUCCGUCUCCAGGCCUGCAUCCUCUCUUUCCUCCAUUGCUCGUCCCAGUCUCAGGACUCCCUCAACAUUUUCUCGCGUCUCUCGAUUUUCCACCAUGUCUCCUCUUCAACAUGCUGCUCCCGUCGUUCCCGGCGAUAAGCCGUACGACCCGGAGAUCAAGGAUAUGGCCGACUAUAUCCACAACUACAAUGUGAACUCGGACUUGGCGUAUGACACCGCCCGUUUGGUGUUCCUCGACACCCUAGGUUGCGGUCUGGAGGCUUUGAAGUUCAAGGAAUGCUCCAAGCUCCUGGGCCCGGUGGUGGACGGCACCGUGGUCCCCAAUGGCACUCGUGUUCCGGGAACCCCCUACCAGCUGGACCCUGUCAAUGGCGCUUUCAACAUUGGUGCUAUGAUCCGCUGGCUGGACUACAACGACUGCUGGUUGGCUGCUGAGUGGGGUCACCCCUCGGACAACCUGGGCGGUAUUCUGGCUGUCGCCGACUGGGUUUCUCGCACAAACCGUGCGGGCGGAAACAUCGCCGGCGGCAAGAUCUUCCAGGUCAAGGAUGUCCUGGAGGCCAUGAUCAAGGCCCACGAGAUCCAGGGUGUGUUGGCGCUGGAGAACUCCUUCAACAAGGUCGGCUUGGACCACGUGGUCCUGGUCAAGGUUGCCACCACUGCCGUGGUUGCAAAGAUGCUCGGUCUCAGCGAGAAGCAGACCGCAGAUGCGAUUACCCAGGCGUUCGUGGACGGACAGUCGCUCCGUACCUACAGACACUCCCCCAACACCAUGUCGAGGAAAUCCUGGGCUGCGGGUGACGCAUGCCAGCGGGCCGUCAACCUCGUCUUGAAGGUUCAGAAGGGCGAGGGUGGCCUGCACACCGUUCUGUCUGCUCCCAUCUGGGGUUUCUACGAUGUCCUGUUCAAGGGCAACAAGUUCCAGUUCCAGCGCCCCUACGGUAGCUACGUCAUGGAGAAUGUUCUUUUCAAGGUCUCCUACCCGGCCGAAUUCCACUCCCAGACUGCCAUCGAGGCCGCUCAGAUCGUCAACGUGAAGCUCAAGGCUCUUGGAAAGACCGCCGCUGACAUUAAGGAGAUCAGAAACCGCACCCACGAGGCGUGCAUCCGUAUCAUUGACAAGCAGUUCAAGCCGAUGGACAACUUUGCCGAUCGUGACCACUGUGUCCAGUACAUGGUCGCAACCAUGUUGGCCUUCAACCGGUUGACUGCCAACGACUACGCCGACGGAUCGGAGGCCGCUACCUCUCAGCUCCUGGAUGACCUGCGGAAGCGCAUCUACUGUGUCGAGGACCCCCAGUUCACCAAGGAUUACCACGACCCUGCCAAGCGCACCAUUCCCAACGCCCUCACCGUUACUCUGAACGACGGAACGGUGCUUGAUGAGGUGGUUGUUGAGGCGCCCUUGGGCCACCGUCUGCGGCGUGAGGAGGCCAAGCCGGAGAUUCUGGCCAAGUACAAGCGUCAUCUGGAGGCGCACUUUGACCAGGCCCGUAUUGACCAGCUCAUCCAGAUUGGCUGGGACCGGGCCGCUCUCGAGGGCUAUGAUGUCGACCAGUACGUCGACCUGUAUGUCAAGGACCAGAUUGUGGCAUCCCAGUAG